AUGCUUUUGAGGCGCUGCUACUCAGCGACGAGGUGGGAGGCCUGGGAACUCCGCCAGCGGCUGCUGAAAGAGGUAGCUGGGCGUGAGGACGAAGCGAGCCCUGAAGAUGAGGUGGAGUUCGUCCAAGGCGACUUGCUAGAGGCGGACAUUUCGGAGGUCACCCACAUCUACCUUUCCUCGCUCUGCUUCGAAGAGAGCAUGCUCUUUGCGGCUGCCCAGAAGGUCCAACAGGAAGCAAGGAACCUCCGUGGUUUGGCCUCCUUGCAGCCGCUGCCCUACCUUCGGAAAGUUGGGGAGCUGAUGCUGCCCAUGUCCUGGACGCGUCCCAGAGGUCUUGGAACAAUGGCCUACCUCUACGAAACUUAG